GAUUUUUUUUUUUAGGGUCGAUGCCGAUACCGAUCAGCCUUGGCCGAUGACCGAUACAGGCUGACGAUAUUUGGAGCAGAUUUUUUUCUCCCACGAUUUACAUCAUAAAAAUGACCCAACGAUGAUAACAAAUGUUACAAGUCUCAAUUUAAAAAUGGAACAUUUAUUGAACUGAAUGUAAAUCAAGUAUAUAUAUAUUGGCCGGCCGAUAUAUCGGUGGAUCACUACACUCAGUAAGGAAUAAACCAUUCCGGGCUGUCCCGUUGUUGGAACCUACUGUAUGACGAGCGGUCUCGAAACACGUUACGCCCCUAGUUAAAAAAACAAUAAGAGAUCCGAAUACUCGUUAACGCGUUAGUUUGUAACACGAUGCCGCCAACAUUGCAUAUAGCAGAGCUCUAUCUAUCCAUCGGUUUGACAGACUAAAUAUAUAUCUACUAAAAAGGUAUGUAUUGUGUAUUUACCCGGUCGUAUUUCUCUCGGAGUUUCUGGGCCUUCUCCUCGUAGGGCAGUUUGUCAGUCUGGGUCAGUUUGCUCCACAUCUCUCCCAGCCUCUUGGCACAGUCUCCUAUAGACAGGCCGGGGUACUGCUGCUUGACACUGGGCCGGUACUCACCGCAGAACACAAAGAACGCCGACCUGCAAAUACACACAGAGAAGAAACAUUAGGUUAUAGGUCUAGAGGGAGAAGGGGUUUCUGGGUAAUGCAGUUCUAUAGUGAAGUGAUUUAAAAUCUAGUUUGUGCUAUUUUUGUUCCCUCAUUCUCUAUAAAGUGAAAAAAGGAAUAAAGUAUAGGAGAAGAUAUAGGGGUUUCUUACGGUGGUCGUUUGGGCGCAUUUGGGUCUUUCCUCUUGCGGCCCCUCUUCCCGAAGCCCUUGGGUGGGACGUAGUCCUUCAUCUCGCGGUUGUAGCGCACCUUGUCGGCCUUCGCCAUGUCUUCAAAGCACUUCUUAUCGCUGGGAGUCAGACCCUGGUGGAGAUCAACAAAACCGUGUUACACUGUGUGUAGUUGUAGUAGUAGUUCAUAUUAGCCUUACCACUACAUAUCAGUAAAUAUCACUAUCACUUACACUACCCCUAACACUAAAUAUCCUUAACACUACAUAUCACUAACCUUACCACUUCUAUAAUUAAUUAAUAAUAAAAUUAAGGUAAAUUUCAUUUUAGUUAUAAAAAAAGGUUUUUCCCUUGUUAAAAUAUCAUUGGAGAUAUUUUCAAUGACAAACGUACGCAUCCAAAAUGAAUAUUGUUAUUUGGGUGACAUUUUUAUGGCGCCAACUUUGCCAAUGGGACAUUGCGUGCGUUUUGAAGAAGCAUUAGGUCAAGCGUGUGUUGGGUGUGUUUAAAUGAGGUAGACACAUCAAGAAGGCGUUUGAUGGCUUUGUUUUACUCGUCCACAAAUCCUAUAUGUUUUACUGAUAUGUCAACAUGUGGAAAUUAAAUUCUCUGUAGUAGACUGAAAUCAUUACACUUAUUAGUGAAAAAGGCAUUACUGAUGUUUAUUUGAAGAUAUCAGCGAUUCAGUUUUUUCCCAUGUCAAAAUGGUGUUGGAUCUACAAAGUCUGAAAUUAACAUUUUUAAAUGUGGAAAUGACAUUUCCAGUAGUAAAAAGCUAAUAGUCAGCCCUGCUGCUUCAAUGAUAAAAGGGGGUGCUUUAGAACCUGUUUCUCUCUCUGGCGAGUCUGUCUCCCUCAUUAACCUGUGUCUCUCACUGGUGAACCUGUCUCUGUCCUUGUUGAACCGUCGUCUCUCUCAGCAGCCUGUCUCCAUCUCCGGUAAACCUCUCUCUUUCUGGCGAACCCGUCUCUCUCGCUGGUGAACCCGUGUGUCUCUGUCGCACUGAUGAACCUGUCACUCUCUCUGUCAGCAGCGUGUCUCACCUUCCAGCGUUCUGAGCACUUCUUGGAGAACUCUGCGAAGUUGACAGACUGCUCAGGGUUCUUCUUCCGGUGCUCCUCUCGGCACGUCUGGACGAAGAACGCGUACGCAGACGUUUUGCCCUUAGGCUUGUUGUGGUCCUUGCGCAUCAUCUUCCUACCUGCAAACACAGGAGCAUACUAUGUUAGUCCUUCCUGCUACCGGUCUCCUAACCCGGCCACUGUGGGACCAUGUCUCCCUAACCCAGUCUCUGUGGAGACCGGGUCAUGGAAAAAAGGCAGCACAAUUCAGUUGAGCAGAACACUGAAAAAGUCACAUUCUUGCAUGAAAUGCAAGAAUAUCUGUUUCUAGCUGAAUUUGCUGUACGAGACCAUUUUGUUAUUAGUCCCCUCCCACCAAAAUGUCAGACCAAUUAGGGCAUCUCUUCGGUGAUUGGUUUUGGGAAUACAUCUUUCCUUUCAAUCACAUAUAGCUUAGCUCCACCCACAGGUGCAUAAAUGCAACAUGAUUUGGCUCAAUGGCAGAGAAGACCCUGAGCCUUCUUAAUUAUGUCCUAAAUUCUAUAUUGAAGCCUAAUGCAUUAUAAUUCUACCUGCUACACAGCAGCCUACAGCAUUAUAUAUAGUCCUACCUGCUACAAAGGCGCCUACACUAAUUAUAGUCCUACCUGCUAAAUAGGAGCCUACAGCAUUAUAGUCCUACCUGCUAAAAAGGAGCCUACAGCAUUAUAGUCCUACCUGCUAAAAAGGAGCCUACAGCAUUAUAGGCCUACCUGCUAAAUAGGAGCCUACAGCAUUAUAGUCCUACAAGGAGGAACGUAAAAUAAAGGAAGAGAGCACAUUUAAGACUUAACCUUGGACAUUUGUUGGGCAUUUGCUAUUAUAUACGUAUAUCUUAUGUACGAUUAAAUUAUGCAUCGAUUAAUUUUGGUAACAGAAAUCCACUAUGAAAAUGUUGCAAUCCUAAUAUUGAGACUGAAAAGGUUUACGGAUAAGGUGUUAUUAUAAACACUCAUUAAUUAUGGUUUAACAGUUUUGCAUGUUUAAAGGCAUGCAAUAGUUUGCAACAACUGCAACAUAUUUAGGAUGGAUCAUAUAAUUCAAAAUAGCUUAUCUUGCGAAAAAAUCAUUUUAAAUAAUAAAACACAUACAAUGUACAGGUUGAGGACUUAACGUGUCAAAAAAAAAAGAGAAUGUCCAUAUUAAAUAUAAAGACAUAGUAUACACAUGUUGACAUCCUAACGUGAAAACUUAUUAAAGUGUUAAAAAGUGGAUGGAUGGUGAUGGUGGCAGAUUAACGAAUAACAAAGAAAACGAGGAAUCCAUUUUCUUUCCGAGCAGGGCCGUGUAUGUGCUCCACAUCCCGGGCAGAAAGCCUUCUCUAACCCUCCGGCUGGAGCCUCUACCCGGCUCCGUUCAGCCGGCUAUGAACUGUGGUCUGCGGCCAGAGACUGGAAACUAACGUUAGCCGAGAUUUCUAUUGACAUCUAUUGGUGCAGUUAGCCUAGCCAUGCUAACCCAGUAGACAGGACUGUAAACUCCAUUCACCAUCGAUGCUGCAGUUAGCCUAGCAAUGCUAACAUGCUAACCCCAGCAGAACAAUGGGCCACCAUUUGCUUCCCGCCCUAUGCAGUGCUAGCUGUCCCAUCCCCCUCCGCUAGCACCCUGCUAACUAGCACAUUUACUACUACACUAUAUUGCAUGCUUAACAGUAUAUUACAGACUUUACUACCAAUGUGCUUCAUAAUACAUUCAGACUAUUUUCCGAACUGUUAAAGGUAAUUUCGGUCACCCAAUGCCCGAGCGGCACACAUUUGCAAUGGAAACCUCGUCAUUGAUAACGAUGCGCAUUUACACCGGAGGGCUCCGUCUAUUCUAUGGAUCCAUCGCGGGUUGUUUAGUCUAUUCGCUGGAGCUCAACCUUGAUGGGUCCAUCUAUUUUCUGGAUUCAUAGCGUUUGUCAAGUCUAUUCUCUGUGGCUCAUAGCGGACGGCUCCAUCUAAUAUCUGAGUUGACAUUGUGCCAGUGGCUGGGGACUACUCUUAAAUGGCCGUUGCGUGAUUGAAGAAGCAUGUUGUAUAAAACUUCCCUAAAUUAAUUAAUGUUAUAACUGCAGAGAAAAACAUCACUAACGUUACUCUCCAGAAUGGCAUUUAAUCAAUAAAACAAGGGGCAGUUGAAAUAAGGCUUCUAAUUGGAUGAGAAUAAUUUAAGAGAGACAUUAAUAAGAUCCAAUAGUGAAUAGUAUUAGUGAUAUUAUGCAUUAGUAUUCAUGUACUUACUGUGUGUUGGGGUCACGUUGUGUUGUUGUUCGGGUUCCGGCGGCUGCGGACUGGAGACCGUUGCUUUGAAACUGGGUUGAGCUGGAGCCGAGACCACGCCCCACAGGCACGCCCACCUCGACCGAGACCAUUCAGUGGGCGUGGCCGAUUGGGCGUGUCUCAAUCCCGUUUGAAACCUACAGUUUCCAAUAUAGCCCCGCCCAUGGGUACGCCCCCUCCCGACAUCACCCAUUCAGUGGGCGUGGUUAUGCCUGCAUAGAGAAGCGGGGCCAUUUAAAUACAAGUUUCCAGUUGGCUAGAAGGCGUGCAGGUCAAGUCCAUGUGCUGCCCCGCCCAUCAGACACGCCCCCGUUGGUUCUCUCCAUGGGGGGGCGGGACUCGGUGACAAAAAGGGAAGGGGUUAUUUGUAUAAACAAGUCAGAUAGGUUGCAAAUACUGCCAGUCAACCUUUUCAAAUGAUAAAAUAUUAUAAUAUCAAUAUAAUCCUAGCCAAACGACGAGGGUCCACCACGGAAAUAAAAAUAACGAAACUUAACCGAUAGGUAACCCAGUAAUCCCACGACAACCCUGAUAUACAGUAACCCAUUGCAACCCGCCAACAUCCCAAGCUGUGCAGCAGAAAGGGCUACAUUCACAAACAGCAUCAUUAAACAAUAACUCAUGCAAACUAACAUUAUCGGUUUACUACAAUAUAAAACAACCUUUCAUAUAAUAUAUAACAAUCAUUUCUCACAUACUAAGAUCGACAAUGUAAGAUUCAGCUUUAGAGUUCACAGAAAGCCGGUUUACAAAAUAUAAACCCUGCAUACUAAAUAUUGUAACCGAAAGCAGUUCAUAGUUGAUUAAUUUGUGGGGCGAUUCCAAAAGCUGAGGAGUUUUGACCCUUUCUGCACAUCGUUGUGAGGAAGUGUUUUGCGGGAAGCGACAGGUUUGAAACUUUGAAGUUGGUUACCGAAGGACUUGAAGCGGUGGUGUUGGUACCGAAGGACUUGAAGCGGUGGUGUCGGUACUGGAGGAUAACAGCCGUGGUGACGGUACUGGAGCAUUAACACCGUGGUCAAGGUAUCGGAGGACUGUGAGCCGGUGGUGUCGGUACCGGAGGACUGGGAGUCGUGGUGUCGGUACCGGAGGACUGGGAGGCAUGCUGUCGGUGCCGGAGGACGAAGAGCCGUAGUGUCGGUAUUGGACUGUUCUGAGUCGUGGAAGGAAUGGAGAAGUUUUUAGAUCGGUUUCCCGGCAGGAGUGAUGCGGAGAGGUCGUGGCUCAAGGAGGUAUUUGGGUUUGUGAAGCAUCAGCUAGGCUCCGCGCCCGACACCUCUUUGACAGAGGAAGCUGCCCUUGACCUCAGUGUGAGUCUGCUGAGGAGAAUAGAAGAGAUACACAACACCUGUACACUGCCUCUCAGCUACAGGCUGCUGUCUGUCUCUGAGCUGGUGGCCAGGCAAAAGGUUGCUUGUGUGAGCAAUUUGUCCUGGAGCACCAAUCAGCACAAAGCCUGGGUGAAGGAGGCGGAGUCAGAGCAGGCCCACCACAAGGCCUUACCUCGGGUUCACCUGCUUCUGAUUGGCUACCUGAGAGCGGGGCGGGCCGGAGAGCUGAGGCUGACCGACGCAAGCGGGGAUGUGACAUGCGAGUGUGUAUCUCCAUCUCCUCAGUGGUUGGGCCAACCUGUGUUUCUUCCUCAUUGGAACUACAUCCCCCACAAUGCACCUCACAUGGGGCUGGUGGAGCUAAUUGGCUCUCCAGUACUGCUGAGUCCUUGCCAGGGAUUGGCGGUUCAUCCUGGCGGGGCGGAGCUUAGCAGAGCCGAUGGGGUCAAAGAGGCCGCUGCACGACUCCUUACAAGGUGUCAGGGUGUGCGUGUGCAGCUGUGUGGGGUGGUGUGUUCAGUCAGUCCUGUGCUGGAGGUCUCUGAUAGCACCUUCUUCAUCCUCAUCCUCAAGGACCCCCAAAACUCCCAGACCCUGCCUGUCCUGGUCCAGGAGACCAGCUGUUUGUGGUGGAGUCAAUGUGUGUUUGUGGAUCAGUGUGUGUAUGUGACAGUAUUGCGUGUGUGUGUGGUGCGUGGCUGGAAGGGAAACCGACUCCUCUGUGCGACCAGCAAGUCCAAACUGCACAUCCUGCCACAUGCACUCUCCCCUAACACUCACACCACACACACCCCCAACACACUCUCUCCUCACACACACGCCACAAACACAAACACGCAAGACACAGAAACGCACACACUCUCACCUCACGCACAAACUCCCGAACAACACACCGACACGCAAACAAUCUCACUUCAAACACACACACCACAGCAACAAAACACAGAAACAUUCACGCAACCUUUAGAAGCAACAGAGCAGAAGGUGGAGCCAAACGUGAUCAUCCAAUCAGGUGUCAGGAUGAAGCGCUCCAAAGUCAUCAGUUACCAGGGUGUGGUCACUGAGGUGCUGAGUGAGGAGGCGGGACUAUACAUGAUUGAUGGGGAAGUGGGCCUGUGUCUGGCCCAUCAACCACCUCGGAGGAGGGGCCUCCGGACGGGAGAUCAUUUACAGAUCCAUGGUGUCCACUUCCUCUACCAGCCGUGUCCGGACCUUCCUCCCAGCAUGCUUUGCGUGUGUCUGCGCUCCACCCUGAGGGUCACAACCUUUAGCCCGCUGGCUACCCCUGAACCCGGCUCACCUGGACCCUUGUCGUUACCACGGUUACUACUCAAACAGGAUGUGGGCGUGUCCCAGUACCUCUGGAUCAGUCAUGUGACAAAACAACUCAGAUGCAGCCUGGUUCCCAGGUGGCUGAAAGCAAACACGGUGUGUGCUGUUGCCUGGAGGAUUCUGCAGCUUCUGUUUAAAAGAACCGAAGGAGGAAGAAGAAGAGACAUUUAUACAGAAAUACUGGAAGACCCCCACACCUGUCCUCUCUCUCAGUACACAGCGGACCCCCUGGUGUGUCAGUACGUGUGCGUGAGGGAGUGUCUGGGUGCGUUGGAGUCCCAGUGUGGGUCCGGAGCAUCUCUUCGCUCUCUGCUGCUCCCCGGUGGGGCCAGCCUCAGCAAGGCUCAGCUCAAUCAGCGGCUGGCCUGGUCCCACAGCGCCCGCCCAGGGACCCGAACCAGACCGCCUACACCCCAACAGGAACAGGCCGGUCCACAGAAGGACCAGUCCGGUCCAGGACACACUCGUGGACAGCGCCCCCUGGUGUUGGUGGGGGUCCUGGAGCUCCCUGGCCAGACGGACGCAGCACACACCUCGUUACACACCCACACCUCACCACACACCCUCCAGUUGAGAGACGGGUCCGGGCGUGUGGCCUGUGUCGUCACCGAACCUCAUGAGGACCGGCAGAGGGCUGUCUUCAACUCUGCCUGGAUCGGUUGUCUGGUGUGCAUCAAGCGGGUCACCAUGGUUACAGAGCAGUUCCUUCAAUCAGAUUUCCCUUCCUACACACACCUGGAACAAGAUGGAUAUAUCACUCACAAACACUACAGAUCCUAUCUCCAGUUCUGUUCGAGUGAUGUGCACAUCCUGAGCCCCUCGGUUGCCAUGGCAACGCACCUGCAAGCAGAGAGGGCUAAGAGAGGAGAGGAGGAGGAGGAGAGGGAGGAGAAGAGAGUGAAGCUUGAUGGAGAAGAGGAGGAGAGGUUACCUAGGAGCAGUCAGCAUCCAUGCGUCUCUGUGGUGAUGAGGGUGGAGCAAAAAGAGGGCUUGUCCUGGAGGAACACGGGUGCUGAGCGAGAGGAGGCUGGGCUUACUCUCAGCUUCCAGGUUAGAGCUGAGCUGCUUGGUCCAGCCCUGAAAUGGGGGAAGGACCCAAAAAAUAGCCUGGUCACGGGCGCGGAAAUGGACAAUCAUGUUACCAAGGUACAGGUUGUGUAUCAGUCGAGGGCCGUGCAAUGGUUUCCUGUCUUGCAGCCAAACUGUUUGUACCGGAUCGUUGUUCCAAAUACACAGGAUACCAGCCUUCUGAGUGGUAAAGUGGCUCCUUGGCAGAGCAAGGUGGAACUACACACUGACCCCGCCCUCCAGGUGGGCUCCGAUUGGACGUUCCACACACUUGCCCUGCCCAAUCUCCUCCACAGCCAGUGUCUCUCUCCCAACCUGAUGUCUGUCUCUGAACUUCUGGACUCCAGUUCAGCAGAGAUGGUUUGGUUUCAGGGUGUGUUGUCCGAAAGGAUUAGUCUGCUAGAAAAUACCAACACUGGUCACGCACACUCGGAUGUUGGGGAGGGUCUUAAACUUCGCCUCACAAUGUGUGACCAGAGUGGGAGGAGUGUUCACGUAUAUCUGGAUCUAAGCCGCGCCCCUUACCCACCUGGCCUGUUGCCUGGCAACACGCUGCUGCUGUCAGCUUUUCAACGGAGGCUGUCGAGAUCAGGGGGUGUCUACUGUAACUCUCUCCCUGUGAGCUGUGUUACUGUCAGCCAGCUGGGAGACUCUAGCCCUCCCCAGCCCUCCACUCCACUCGUGCAUCUGAUGGACUGGAUGCAGCCCGGGGAGAAGAGGUGCAUUGUGGGUCAGGUCAAAGGUCAUGUGGUCUGUGUGCUCUACCUUCAGCUGACCUGGAGCUGCUCUCUCUGUGACAGCACGUUCAUACAGUCCAGAUGUUCCAGUCCUCAAUGUUACUCCACCACAGCUGUCUUCCAAUCCACAGCCAAGAUCAUUAUGGAGGAUGGUACAGGGGAGGCCCAAGUCUGGUUCUCCUGUCCACUAGUUCGUCUUCUAUUGGGAUUGGCUGAUUCUCAGUGGGAGGAGCUACAGCGAGCCUUGCGGGUCAGAGGGCGUAUCCGCGUCUACUCCCGUGGGCGGGGUCUGGUGUGUGAGGAGGACUCUGACUGCCUGCUCCAGUACCUGAGCAGCCUAUGUAGCAGUAGCACCGUGUGCCGCUCGCUCACACUCACCUGUCGGGCACGCGCACACACACAGCAAGCAGAGGGUGAAGCCCGAAGGUUCACUCGAGGCGAGACGGACUUCAUGACCCGGAUGCUCUUGCCUUUACAACUGACCUGUACCCACAUAGAGGCAGACAGUUAGACCUGUACCCGCAUAAAGGCAGACAGACAGAGAGAGGCAGCCAUCACCAGGGGCGACGGCUGAGAUGGUAUCCAUGGUGACUUGGAAGCAGCAACCCAUCAGAACGUCUCUCCAGCAGGGGACCAAUCAGAACGUCUCUAGAGGGGACCCCGAUGUAGGAACGAAUCACAACGUCUCUCUAGCGGGGACCCAGACGUGGGGACCAAUCAGAACGUCUCUCUCGCGGGAUCCCAGGUUUAGGGACCAAUCAGAAGCUCGCUCUUGCGGGGACCCAGACGUGGGGACCAAUCAGAACGUCUCUCUAGUGGGGAUCCCAGACGUGGGGACCAAUCAGAACGUCUCUCUCGCGGGAUCCCAGGUUUAGGGACCAAUCAGAAGCUCUCUCUGGCGGGGACCCAGAUGUAGGGGCCGCUCUGCUCCUGGAUGACCGCAGUCACCUGGUCGUAAACGUCCUGGAAACUCCCGCCUUCCACCAUCGCUGCAACACAAGCCACAAAGGCAUCGUAGUACUGCAGUACUAGUACAGGGUAUAUAGACACCAUUGUGUGGAGAGGGUCUGACGGAUGGCCCGAGUUAGGUUGAUGAGUCUCUGGAGCCAGCCAUCCCCACACACACUCCAGCCCAGUAACGCCACCUAGGGGGCUAGAGUCAAGAGCGACUGCUACAUGCAGUAUGAAUGUGGUUUACAGAAAGGAUACACAGCAUAGAGAUAGCAUUAAAAGUAUAUAUAGUGUAUAUAGAUAGCAGAUAGAGAGCAUACAAAGUAUAUAUAUACAGUAUAUAGUGUAUAUAGAUAGCAGAUAGAGAGCAUACAAAGUAUAUAUAUACAGUAUAUAGUGUAUAUAGAUAGUAUAAAGAUAGCAUACAAAGUAUAUAUAUACAGUAUAUAGUGUAUAUAGAUAGCAUAGAAAGUAUAUAUAUACAGUAUAUAGUACAUAUAGAUAGUAUAUAGAUAGCAUACAAAGUAUAUAUAUACAGUAUAUAGUGUGUAUAGAUAGUAUAUAGUAUACAAAUAGUAUAUAGAGUAUAUAGAUAGCAUAUAGAGUAAAUAGAGAAUAUAGACAGAAUAUACAGUGAAGAUGGUAUAUAGAGUAUAUAGAUAGAAUAUACAGUUUAAAGAUAGUAAGUAGAGUAUAUAGAUAGCAUAUAGAGUAAAUAGGGUAUAUAGAUAUAAGAUAUAGUAAAAAGGUAGUAUAUAGAAAUAAUAUACAGUAUAAAGAUAGUAUGUAGAGUAUAUAGUUAUAAUACACAGUAUAAAGAUAGUAUAUAGAGUAUGCAUAUGGUAUAUAGUACCUGUGAAACACUCUAUGAAGUCCUGCUCCAGGGUGAUGGCGCGGUCCAGAGCCUUCCCAGCCUGGUCCUCCGACAGACGCUUGUUCAAGUCCCUGGACACACGAACACAUUGACACAGCAGUGUUACUAAUGGAUACUCAGUACCACUGCGGCUCUUCGUCCUCAUCACUGACCAAUGAACUGCAUUCUUCUACAUGUGUAGUAUGUAGUAAUAAUACUAGUGUGAUGAAGUCGUCGUUAGUACUCACAGGAUGUUCUGCAGCGAGCGCGGUCGAAUGAAGAUGGCGAUGGGGUGGAGGUUAGCAGCCUGGAGCCUCCUCACAGCGUUGGCCGACACGUCCAGUACACAGUGUUUACCCUGCUGUAACAAAGCCAGUACAGUGUUUACCCUGCUGUAACACAGCCAGAACAGUGUUUACCCUGCUGUAACAAAGCCAGUACAGUGUUUACCUUGUUGUAACACAUCCAGUACACAGUGUUUACCCUGCUGUAACAAAGACAGUACACAGUGUUUACCCUGCUGUAACACAACCAGAACAGUGUUUACCCUGCUGUAACACAGCCAGAACAGUGUUUACCUUGUUGUAACAAAGCCAGUACAGUGUUUACCUUGUU